AAAUGUAAAUAAAGUUAACAAGACAAUUCAACACAUAAGUUUUAUUCUGAGAUCUAUAAUAUUGGUAAACCGAAACCGAAUUAAAACCAAAUUAAAACCGGAUAAAUACAUUCUAGUUUACUUAGGGGUCUAACUUCGCAUUACAAAAGUUACGGUUUGAAUAGGAAGAUUCCUGAAAGUAAGGGGUUCAGGUAAUAGUUUUCCAGUGACAAAACACGUGUAGUAACAUAUCUGCGUGUAUUUGUGUCUUAAUAAUCUCUUCUCCGGUUCGAAAACAGAUCUUACUUUCUUAACAAAUCAUUCUCCUUUUCCUCCUACCAUUCUUACGUUGCUGUUGCUAAUCUUACAGAUUUUGGAUCGCAUUGAUGGACGGCAAAGAUUUUGCAGGAAAGGCGGCUGCUGAAGCCAAAGGUUUGAACCCGGGAUUAAUCGUGCUUCUUGUUAUCGGAGGUCCGCUUGUUGUCUUCCUUGUCGCCAACUGCGUGAUGUACUUGUAUGCUCAGAAGAACCUACCUCCAAGGAGGAAGAAGCCCGUUUCUAAGAAGAAGCUCAAGCGGGAGAAGCUCAAGCAAGGAGUCUCUGUGCCUGGAGAAUAAAAACCCACCUUAGCUUCAUCACUCUGUGUCUUGUCCAGAAGUGGAUAAAGUUCUUUUUUUGUUUGUUCGUUUACAUAACAUUUUUCUUCCUUCAAUUGUGUCGUGAGUUCUGUAUGAUUUCACUUGGAGACAAAUAAGAAGUUGUCUUCUCCUAAGUUUUGAAUUGUCAUCUCCUAAGUUUCUUUUGCAAAAAAAGUUUUGAA